CGAAACAUUCCAACCACAUUCACUCGCUUACAAGCUUCAAGUCUUCACUCAAUCAACUCAAGCAAGCAAACUUUAAUCAUGUCAGACUCCGAAGAAGAUCAGACCGCUCUGGUUUGCGACAAUGGAUCAGGAUUAGUGAAAUCAGGAUUCGCCGGAGAUGACGCACCUCGAGCUGUCUUCCCAUCCAUCGUUGGUCGACCCCGCCAUCAGGGUGUCAUGGUCGGUAUGGGACAAAAAGACAGCUACGUUGGUGACGAAGCACAAAGUAAGCGAGGUAUCCUGACUCUGAAAUACCCGAUCGAGCACGGUAUCAUCACCAACGUUCGAGAUAUCAAAGAGAAGCUCUGCUACGUGGCGCUCGACUUCGAGCAAGAGAUGGCCACCGCAGCAUCUUCCACCUCCCUAGAGAAGAGCUACGAACUUCCCGACGGUCAAGUCAUUACCAUCGGAAACGAGAGGUUCCGAUGCCCGGAAACUCUCUUCCAACCUUCCUUCAUCGGUAUGGAAUCUGCUGGAAUCCACGAGACAACCUACAACUCCAUCAUGAAGUGCGACAUUGACAUCCGAAAGGAUCUGUACGCCAACAACGUUCUCUCCGGAGGUACAACCAUGUACCCUGGUAUCGCUGACAGAAUGCAGAAGGAAAUCACUGCUCUUGCUCCCAGCACCAUGAAGAUCAAAAUCAUUGCUCCUCCAGAGAGGAAAUACUCUGUCUGGAUCGGAGGAUCCAUCCUCGCUUCCCUCUCCACCUUCCAACAGAUGUGGAUCACCAAGCAAGAAUACGACGAAGCCGGCCCAUCUAUUGUCCACCGAAAAUGUUUCUAAA